GCAAAUCAUGGUUCUCUUGUCCCCCCUCUACAAGCAGCACCCCAAGGGACAUGCUGAGAAAUAGUUAUGGGACCCAAACAUUCCCAUUCCUCUGCUCCUGAGCCCCAUCAGCAGUGGUCACAUCAUAGGUGCUUCUCUCACCUGAGUAUUCAGUUUUGGCUUCUGUACCAGUCUGUACCACACACAUGGUGGGGGGUGCUGAGGCAAAGCUCUGCUUUUCUUCCCAUUUCUUGAUUGAGCCAACAGCCAGUGCACAGGCUCUUUUUCUUUUACCUUUCUUAGCAAUAGCAAUAUUUGGAUUUUGAAAAGCUACAGGCAGGACAAACACCCUUCAAAAAAACAGAAAAAAACAUCACUGUUGCUUAAAGCAACGAAACUAGCCCAGCUGCAGGACUUCCUUCUUCCCUGUCCCUGGUGCUCCCAGCUGUAGAAUGAGGGAGGGAACAACAGAAACGUUGAAAACAGGGAAGAGCAGAAUUAUUUGCUCAGAGACUGAUCCUGCCUAGGUACCAGGAGCUUGUCUCCUCCCCUGUGAGUUUAACCCCACCCUCUGUUUUUUUAUGCUCCGGGCUAUUUUGGGCAGGCAGCGAGGGCUGCAGCUCUGACAGAUGAGGAUACUGUACCAGAGCACAGCAGCACUUGUUGCUCUGAAGAACUACCGUAACAGGGACUGCUCCUCUGCUGCCUGCCUUUUCUUAAUUAUUAAUUUAAUAACCUGCAAACUUGUUUAUUCUUAUGCUUUCGAGCUUUAUCAUUACAAAUGAUAUUUUAAGAGCUUAGUUAGCGUGGUUCAGAAGGGAAACUCACACGCUGUGAAGUUGAAACCUCCUUUUGCCACUUAAUUUCAAGAGAUCAGCUGGUAGCCUUGGGGGUAAAAAAUGACAGACUCUGUUGCUGCUAAUGGGGAAGGAAAGGACCCUGAAAUUGAGCUCUUUGUGAAGGCUGGUAUAGAUGGAGAAAGCAUUGGGAACUGCCCAUUCUCCCAGCGACUCUUCAUGAUCCUGUGGCUCAAAGGAGUUGUGUUCAAUGUCACCACUGUUGAUCUGAAAAGAAAGCCAGCUGACCUGCACAAUCUGGCUCCUGGGACCCACCCACCUUUCCUAACAUUCAAUGGAGAAGUCAAGACAGAUGUUAACAAGAUUGAGGAAUUCUUGGAAGAGAUUCUUGCACCUCCAAAGUACCCCAAGCUGGCUGCUAAGCACCGAGAAUCAAACACUGCUGGAAUUGAUAUCUUUUCCAAAUUUUCUGCAUACAUCAAGAACACCAAGCAGCAGGAUAAUGCUGCACUUGAAAGAGGCUUGGUGAAGGCUCUGAAGAAACUGGAUGAUUACCUGAGAACUCCCCUGCCAGAGGAGAUUGAUGCAAACAGCACUGAAGAGGAGAAAGUGUCUAAACGCAAGUUUCUGGAUGGAGAUGACCUGUCACUUGCUGACUGCAACCUUCUGCCCAAACUCCAUGUUGUCAAGAUUGUUGCAAAGAAAUACCGCAACUUCGAGUUCCCGGCAGAGAUGACGGGGCUGUGGCGGUACCUGAAGAACGCCUACGCCAGGGAUGAGUUCACCAACACCUGUGCAGCAGACAAGGAAAUCGAGCAAGCCUACGCAGACGUGGCCAAGAGGCUCAGCAAGUCCUAACUGCCCCCCAGCCAUGGCUCAGUGUCCCCUUUUACAGACUCUGCUCCUUGUUGCCUUAAGAUGUACUUUAUCCUUAUGCUGUCUGGUUGGCAUCUUUAUGACUUCACCUAUUCUGAGCGUAUUGGGCAGGGACAAAUCUGCCUCUCCCUGGAGAAAAGAGAAGUAGUAGGGGGUGGGGGGGGGAUGGACACCAUUUGAAGUCUAACCCAAGAUCUGGCUCAACUAGUAUUAUUUGCAAUCAGUAUUGGAAAUGAGUCCACUUGACUGGUUUCUUGUUCUAUGUUGGGGGUACAUCAUGACCUGUAUUCUUUAGAGUUUUAGAAAUAGCUGAAAUUUCAGGUAAGAGAGUUAGGAACACAUAGAACCAGUUCCUCUCUAGGUUAUUUCAGGGACGCUUUCCCCCUCAGUUCUAUUAAGAUCCUUGAGGCAUGAACAAAAUACUAGAGAGAGAGAGGGGAAAAAUCGGAGUUUGACCCUAAAGCAGAAAUGCUCUUAGCAGUUAUAUAUAAAUAAACUCUCUGAAUGCAUCUUCUGUCUUAGCAGGCCCAGGAGUUUAUAGGGUAUUUAUUUUUGACUUGGCGCAAGAGGGGGAAGCCUGAGUGAAUAUGUCAGACUUGCAGAUGCUACUCUGCAUAAAAUUUGCAUGGUGUUGUCGCAUCUGAACGUUUAAAGCAAAAGAGACUGAAAGAGCAAUUGAGCAGGCAGCCCUUGGAAGAGCAGGGCCUGUGCCAAAAUGCCCAGUGGAUCUGGUGGUUGGUAGAGACAGACAGACACAGCAAUAACAGGGGCAGCAGAUUGACUCCAGCAUCCACAGAGGGAAUUGGCACAGCAAACCAAACCAUGUAGGAUAUUGUCAUCUUGACUGUAUGGUUGCCAGUUCCUUUCUAAUUGCUAUCUUGGGAAACUUGGAUCAGCAGUGGGAAGCUGUCGCUGCACACGGAUUCCAGGCAGGGGAAGCGUUUUCGUUGCCUUGGGCUCCAGAUGGGUCAUUUUCAAGCACUCAUCAUCUCACCCCAGGAGGGGUUUGCUGUGAGAGCCUCAAAGAGGGCAGGCUGGCACAGUGAGACACACAUUUCCAGCCAGGAAUUCAGCAAGUGUGCUAGCAGAAAAUCCAUGCAUGGUGCCUCAAUCCCACUCAUCCAGGCUUUACCCAUGCAGGUUCCACAAUUCUGAAUUAGGCUUUCCUUUUUCUAAAAGAGAUUAUUUUGCUCUGUCUGCAGUGCUUUCCUGGCACGUCUGCUGUACACUGGUGGUUAUUUGCACGUUUCUUCUGCAAAUUCAGAAUGACAGCUCUUUCACCUGAAACUCAUGUGCUCUGUGGAGUACAGGAGAGCACAUGGUUCACGGGUCUCAGUGUAGGGUGGAUUUAUUGCUGUUUUGAAAGAUAAAGCUGAGCUGUAACCUGAUAUGGCUCCCCUUCUGAUCAGAGCUGCCAAAGCUGCACUGAUUUGAGGGGAACCCCGAGCUGGUGAGCUGUGACCAAGGGGAACCUCACAGCACACUUGUUUGCAGCCAGAGAACUGGGAAAGUGGAACAACCUGGAAAGCCAGGCUCUGCCGUGUGAUGCUGAUGACAAUCUGAAACCAUCCUUUUGCUGUAGUGGGAUAAUUCCACUUUUCAUGCUAACCCAGCUGGGAGCAGAAUGUUGGUCAUUGACUGAAGAGAGUUUGUGGUUGACUAUUGUUUCACAUGCAAUGGUCAAUUUGUUCUGAACUUUCAAAACCUUAGAAGAAAAUCCAUUAACUCCUAAGUCUUCUCCGAGAGUGGGCUAUUUUAGCAGCAGCUUGACUGGAGGGCAAAGGCUUGCAUUCUAAAAUAUUGCUGAGAAAUCAGCUGGCUCAGAGAACACUAGUAGCAGCCAGAAAAAUCUGAUGAGAUUAGAAGUAUCUGCACAAGCACAUGUGGCUUGUUAAAAACAUUUCUUCAUGAGAUUGGAAUUACUGUGAUAUUUUUUUCUUCUUUUCAAUUAUUUAUUUAUUUAUUUAUCUUAAUUGACUCGAUCCUUUCUUCCCAUCUUUCUGGUUUUUGUUUUCACUCAACAUUUGGGUAAGGAUGGCUUGGUCAGUUUAGAAAAGUGUUAUUAGCAAAGCUCUGCAAUUUUGUUCCUCAAGAAGAGUCUUCCACCUGAUCAAUGGUCCUGGGGAUUUUUUGUUCUCAGUAUGAUCCUGUCAAUCAACAGAAACUACAUUUUUCUCAGUUGCCUUUUCCCAGGUUUGCACUUCAGUCAGUAGCUUUCCUUAGUCACAAUUGCUGUGAAUAUUUGAAUAAAAGACAACUUUGCAGAAGCA